UUCCGAACUCAAUCCAUGCUCAAUCCGAACUUACCUCUUAAAAGUUGGCAACGGUGCAGGGAAAACACCCCACCCACCGCCCACUAGUUAAAUGAGAGUGGUCAGCUGACUUUUAAGUUUUUGUCAGGUCAGGUGACAACAAAGUUUCGUCAAACUUACAAAAAUAAUCAAAUUUAUCUAGUAGUAAAAAUGGCUCUUCACAGUGCAAUUAAAGGCAAAUUAAUAUCCGUAAUUGGAGAUGAGGAUACUUGUGUAGGAUUUUUACUUGGAGGUGUAGGUGAAAUCAACAAGAACAGGCACCCCAAUUUCAUGGUAGUGGACAAAAACACUGCCGUAAGUGAAAUUGAAGACUGCUUCAAGCGUUUCCUGAAAAGAGACGACAUCGACAUUAUCCUGAUCAACCAAAACGUCGCUGAAAUCAUCAGACAUGUUGUCGACAGCCACAACAGCCCACUUCCAGCUAUUUUGGAAAUUCCAUCCAAGGAUCAUCCUUAUGAUUCUUCAAAGGAUUCUAUUUUGAGAAGGGCCAAGGGCAUGUUCAAUCCAGAAGACCUGAUGUAAAUCCACCCUCCAAGUGUGUUGUAUGUAUUUGGUAUAGUUUGUAUAUAGAUAACAUUCCUAAAAUGUAUGAAAUAAUUGUGAAUGUGGACACAAUGAUGUAUAACUAAUAAAGUAUUAAUAA